UCUACCCAAAGAUAUCAUCUAAAAUCUUUGAGCACAAACACAUCGACGGAGUCCGGAGUUGUCUUCGGCCGAAACGACGGCUUUGCUUUGUAUGCUCUCUUCUCUUCUCCUCUUCUCUCCUUCUCCUCCUCCCCCAAAAACCCUAAAACCCUCCCCAGUCUCUGCUCCGAUGAAGGAUCCUCCUCCUUCCUCCGUCUACGUCCCUCCUCACCACCGCCUUCGCUCCGUCGUCACCGUUCCUUCUGCCGUCUUUCCUUCCAUGUCUCCGCCACGCCUCUACCGCUCUGACGAAGAUCGCGACUCGGGUGCAUUUCCUUGUGCCAACAUCGAUGAGUGGAAAAGAAAGUUCUCUACGCUUUUGUGUGAUGCCCAGACACAAGAGGUGAUCUCUAGGGAGAAGAAGGAUCGAAGGGAUUUCGACAAACUUGCUGCAUUGGCUACCAGAAUGGGAUUGUAUAGUCGUUCAUAUGCCAAGGUUGUUGUGUUCAGUAAGGUCCCACUCCCCAAUUAUAGGUUCGAUCUGGAUGAUAAGAGGCCGCAGAGGGAGGUGAACGUACACAUGGGCCUUGUUAGAAGUGUUGAAGCGUACCUCAGGGAAUACUUCAAUAAAAAAUCAAACGGGAUGGACAGAUUCCCUGACAAUUCCUUCUCAAGAACUAGUAGCACCGUGAGUCUUGCUACUGAUGAAGGGCUUCUUGAGCAACCUGAGCCCCUGCCGGCCAGCAAGACAAUGAUGGACAAGGUUCUUUGGCGAAGGAGUUCGCAGCUUCGAGAUCGACAACAAUCCUGGCAGGAAUCCUCAGAAGGCAGGAGAAUAUUAAAAUUUCGCAGAAGUCUUCCCGCUUUCAAGGACAGGGAUUCAAUAUUGGCAGCGAUUUCACAAAAUCAGGUGAUUGUAAUCUCUGGUGAAACUGGUUGUGGCAAGACUACACAAAUUCCUCAAUUUAUUUUAGAAUCCGAAAUUGAAGCAAACCGUGGAGCUGUUUGCAGUAUCAUUUGUACGCAGCCAAGGAGAAUAUCAGCGAUGUCCGUCUCGGAGAGGGUUGCUUAUGAGAGAGGAGAGAAGUUGGGCGAAUCUGUGGGAUACAAAGUACGAUUGGAAGGCAUGAAAGGAAGAGAUACUCGCCUACUCUUUUGCACCACAGGCAUUUUGUUGAGAAAGUUGUUGGUAGAUAGAAACUUGAAAGGCAUUAGUUAUGUUAUUGUUGAUGAAAUUCACGAGCGGGGAAUGAAUGAAGAUUUUCUGCUUAUCAUUCUUAGAGAUCUCCUUCCUCGUCGGCCAGAGAUCAAGUUGAUUCUGAUGAGUGCAACUUUAGACGCAGAGCUUUUCUCAUCUUACUUUGGCGGGGCACGAGUAAUCCACAUUCCAGGAUUUAUGUAUCCUGUCCGUAGCCAUUACCUGGAAGAUGUUCUAGAGAUGACUGGGUACAGAUUGACUCCGUACAAUCAAAUUGAUGAUUAUGGUCAAGAAAGAAUGUGGAAGAUGAGCAAACAGACGCCAAGAAGACGGAAGAGCCAAAUUGCUUCUGUUGUCGAGGACGCACUGAGAGCGGCCAACUUCAAGGAGUUUAGACCUGAGACUCGAGAGUCUUUAUCCGCUUGGAAUCCGGACUGUAUGGGCUUUAAUCUCAUAGAGUUCCUUCUCUGCCAUAUAUGUGAGAAUGAGAGGCCUGGUGGUAUUCUAGUUUUUAUGACUGGGUGGGAUGACAUCAGCUCUCUGAAAGAAAAGCUUCAGACUCAUCCGAUCUUGAGCAAUCCAAAUCUGGUUUUGUUGCUUGCCUGCCAUGGUUCUAUGGCAAGUUCUGAGCAGAGCUUAAUAUUUGAAGAACCUGCAAGUGGAGUAAGAAAAAUAGUGUUAGCUACUAAUAUCGCGGAGACGAGCAUCACAAUUAAUGAUAUUGCUUUUGUUAUUGACUGCGGAAAGGCAAAAGAGACAUCCUACGAUGCAUUAAAUAACACUCCCUGUUUGCUUCCUUCGUGGAUUUCUAAAGUUUCAGCCCAGCAGAGAAGAGGAAGAGCUGGACGUGUACAAUCUGGAGAGUGUUAUCAUCUUUACCCGAAGUGUGUAUAUGAUGCUUUUGCUGAAUAUCAGUUGCCUGAAAUUUUGAGGACGCCCUUGCAGUCCCUGUGUCUGCAAAUAAAAAGUUUAAAUCUUGGAAGCAUAUCUGAGUUCUUAUCCAGGGCACUGCAAUCUCCAGAACUGCUAGCGGUUCAAAAUGCUAUCGAAUAUUUGAAGAUUAUCGGUGCGUUAGAUGAGAAUGAAAAUCUCACUACUCUAGGUCAUUAUUUGUCCAAACUUCCCAUGGAGCCAAAGCUUGGAAAAAUGCUCAUAUUAGGGGCUUUUCUUGGUUGCCUUGAUUCAGUUUUGACUAUUGCUGCUGGUCUGAGUGUGAGAGAUCCUUUCUUGACACCUUUGGAUAAGAAGGAUCUGGCAGAAGUUGCGAAAUCCCAUUUUUCACGUGAUUACAGCGAUCAUCUUGCACUUGUUCGGGCAUAUGAAGGGUGGAAAGAUGCUGAGAAGGACUUCGCGGGUUAUGAUUAUUGUUGGAAAAAUUUUCUCUCAUUACAAUCUAUGAGGGCUAUCGAUUGUCUUCGAAAAGAGUUCUUCUCAUUGCUCAAGGAUAGUGGACUCCUGGAUGGAAACACAUCAACCUGUAAUUUGUGGGGCAAGGAUGAAAAUCUUAUCCGAGCAGUUGUUUGCUAUGGAUUGUAUCCAGGCAUCUGCUCGGUUGUGCAUAGUGAGAGGUCAUUUUCUCUGAAGACCAUGGAGGAUGGCCAAGUGCUUCUGUAUUCAAAUUCCGUAAAUGCCCGGGAGCCAAAAAUACCUUAUCCAUGGUUGGUUUUCAAUGAGAAGAUUAAAGUAAAUUCAGUUUUCCUGAGGGAUUCGACAGCUGUACCUGAUUCUGUGCUUCUCCUCUUUGGUGGCUGCAUCUCAAAAGGAGACAGUGAUGGCCACCUGAAAAUGUUGGGAGGAUACUUGGAGUUCUUCAUGAAACCUGCUGUUGCAGAAAUAUACUUGAGCUUGAAGAAAGAGCUUGAUGAGCUUAUACAGAGCAAAUUGUUGAAUCCUAGAAUGGACAUGCAAGCACACUGUGAUCUGGUAUCAGCGUUACGGUUGUUGAUAUGCGAGGAUCAAUGUGAUGGAAGAUUUGUCUUUGGUCACCAAGUAGUCAGGCCUUUGAGAACACCCGUAACUCCAACACAACCGUCGUUGGUUUCGAGGACUGAAAGUGGUCCUGGGGGUGAUAAUUCCAAGAGCCAGCUCCAAACUCUACUUACUAGGGCAGGCUAUACAGCACCUAUAUAUAAAACUAAACAGUUAAAGAACAACCAGUUCCAAGCAGCUGUGGAGUUUAAUGGGAUGCAAAUCAUGGGGCAACCUUGCACCAACAAAAAGAGUGCUGAAAAAGAUGCUGCAGCCGAAGCUCUGCAAUGGCUCAUGGGUGGUGCUCAACAAGGCCAGGAACACAUCGAUUACGUGUCAACAUUAUUGAAGAAAAGCAAGAAGGACCACAAUUAAUUGCUUUGCCUAGACGAGUUCCUCUUAGAAGGUGUAGGAAAAUGGCUGUAAAUGGCAGAUCCACAGUUUUACCCGUCUGUUUGUUAAGCUUUUUGAGGGCCACAAAUCCAUUCCUUCCCCGCAAGCUGAAAUGGAAAGUAUUUUUUCUUGGAGAACAGCAAAGGACUCAAAGCUAGUUUUAUGACUCUACCAGCGUGCAUCCAUAUGGCUGCUUACAUUCAGGACAGUGAGAAGGGAACGGUGCAGAAAAAUAAGGCCAGUUGAUUGGUUCAAUAGCACUCAUUUCCGCCUCUGUAUUAUACAUCAAUGCUGUGGGAACUGCAGGAGCAUACUGGCACUAUCUUCUGGAGGUAUGCUGAUAAAUCUGUGAUGGUGUUAUGCGUACGGUAUCUAGUAUAUAUAUUAUUGUAUAUAUCAGUUUGAUGAAGAUAUACUAAGAUGGCUUGUUCUUGACGUUUCAAAUUCCUUUUUGGCAAGGCUGGAUUUGGUGAGGGCUUGUAGCUAUCAGUUUGAUGAAGAUAUACUAAGAUGGCUUUUGGUUUAGUUAGGGUUAGGACACAGUCCCGUUACUCGCAGAAGAUAACCCUUUGAUUAGUGUGAACUGUGUAUUUGUCUGGAGAUGACUUCAGGGGUUAAAAGCUCCUGUUCUCUGUCUCUGGAUAUGUACAUUUAUUGUCAUAUCAUAUAUAUAUAUAUAUAUGUA